AUGAGAUCAGACGGCUACUGCAGAGCCACAUCAAACAACAACAUCAAUGAAUGCAAAAAAACAGCCAAUGUGCCGGGGCUAGGGGUGCUGCCCGGUGGAGGCUGGGACAACCUGAGGAACAUGGACAUGGGCCGGGUCAUGAACAUGAAUUACUCCCUUUGCCAGACCACGGAGGACGGGGUGUACCUCCUGCCAGACCAAGUGUUCACUGUGCCGCAGAAGUCCACCAAGGUGGAGAUCAACUCUGAGAUCAUCGAGAGCUGGUUGGAGCAGACCAGCACCACAGCCAGGUCCAUAAACCUAGAGGUGUCCUUCAAUCCUGUACUCCAAGGCAAAUUCUCUGUGGAGAACGAGAGGAUGAAGAAGCACCAGGUGAAGGAGAACACCUGCACCAGCCGGACACAGGUGCGUAAUUUCAUCUACAGUGUGAAAGCUCGCCCAGGCUUUGCCUUGGACCCAAUAUUCAUAAGCCGGGUGACUGACAUUGCCAACGCCCUUGAGAACAAUGAGACCCGUUUGGCAGCAUACCUUUCUGAGACCCUGGUGCUGGACUAUGGCACACACGUCCUCACCUCUGUGGAUGCUGGUGCCAUUCUGAUGAAGGAAGACUACCUCAGAAAGUCCUUUGUGCUGAAAAACAAAAACAACUCAUUGUCCUUGUCUGCCCGGGUCUCUUUCUUUAUAACAGUGGACACGGGACUGCAAGGCAGUCUCUGGAGAUUUGACACCGAUGCCUAUGAGGCAAAUAUAAUCUACUCCCUCAUCCUCAGCCAUGGAGGCGUCCCCUUCUACCCCCGCAUCUCUCUGAAGACAUGGCAACAGAGCAUCAGCAAUAAUCUGGUGGCCAUUGACCGCUCAGGACUUCCUCUUCACUUCUUCCUCAACAAGCAAACCCUCCCUGACCUCCCAGAUCCCACCAUCCUGAAGCUGGCCAGCGCUGUGUCCCAGGCCAUUCAACGCUACUACACUGUCAACACCCACCCCGGCUGCACUGAUCCUGGCUCCAGUAACUACAACUACCAGGCUAACGUGGACGACCAAUCCUGUGGGGGCGUAACAAAGAACCUAAGCCUUGGAGGGGUGUUCCAGCGGUGUACCCCCCUCACCAACGACCCAGAGGCUCUGGAGAUGUGCAAGACCCUGACCCAGAAAAACCCACAGACUGGGGAUCUGAGCUGCAUGCAGCCUUACAUCCAAGCCCACCUGAGGACAGAGGAGAGGGAGCAAGGCUACAGCGAGUUUGAGUGCAGACAAGUCUGCCACACCUGCUGGCUGCUGUUCACAUGUUGCAAGGACGCAUGUGGCGAGGUGUACCACAUGCACCGCGUGAGGGUGGAGACCUACUGGUGCGCCGGCGACAACAUCAUCGUGCCCCGUACCCCGGGUUACCUCUUUGGGGGACUGUAUGGUCCCAAGCUGGUAAACCCCCUCACUAAGUCGAAGGGGUGUCCUGGUGAGUUUGUGCCCUUCACCCUGACGUCGGAGGGCCUGAAGAUCUGCCUCAGCGGCAAUCACGAGACGGACGCGCGUUUCGCGGUGCCGUUCGGGGGGCUGUUCAGCUGCGAGGCGGGCAACCCCAUGGCGGGCGGGGACUCUCGGUGCCCGGCCGGGUUCACCCAGCACUCGGCCGGUGUCAGCGAUGGGUGCGAUUUGCUGUUCUGCACCAGCUCAGAUGCGUUCUCCAAGGAGGAGCCCGCGCGUAUCCGUCUUCCUCCUUAUACCCGCCGUCCGCUGGAGGUUCAAAACGGCACCGAAACCGUGGCUGUUGUUAGUGAGGAUGGCGAGGCUUGGGUCAGAAAUGCGGGCAUGAAGUAUUGGAAAAAGGCCUCCAUAGAUAAAGCCCAGGACAUGGUGGAGGAGUUCACCCUGUCUGCGGCUCCGCUGGAGAAGGGUGUGUUAAGAAUGACACUGGCCUUCCUUAUGUCAGCAGCUGUGAUGAUUCCGUAG